CGAGUAGUUAGUCUGCGAUAUCAUAUAGCUAGAGCGGACGUUACAUAGUCAUAUACCAACCAAGCACCUAGGUCAUUUGUCGUAAGGAUCUCGUUGGAGACGGAACGUUGUAGAAGCACUAUCAUCAAAAUGGGCAAAUGCAAAGGAUUACUGGAGAGACUCAAGAAUAACGAGUCUAUAGUUGUAGCAGAAGGUUAUAUAUUCGAGUUCGAAAGACAAGGCCGUCUGAAGGCUGGUUCCUUUGUGCCUGAAAUUGUCGUGGAUCAUCCCGAACUUGUACGGAAGCAACAUGAGGAAUAUGUCAAUGCUGGAAGUGACGUAGUUCUGGCUUUUACAUAUUAUGGUCACCGAGAGAAGCUUCGAGUUAUAGGUCGUGAAAACGAGCUAGAAACAUUGAACAGAAAGGCUUUACAAAUGGCUCGAGAUGUCGCCGAUAGAACUUCCACAUUAAUGGCGGGAAAUAUCUGUAAUACGACUGUAUAUAUGAGGGAUGAUCCUGAAGCUAUCAAAAAAACCGAGAACAUCUUCAAGGAACAAAUACAAUGGGCGGUGGAAGAGGGUGCAGAUUUUAUCGUGGCUGAGACGUACAGCGAUCUUGGGGAGGCCAUGUUGGCUCUUCAAUGCAUCAAAAAAUACGGAAAAGGUUUACCAUCAGUCGUGGCCUUAGUACCUCAUUCCAAAGAUCACACGUUAGACGGAGUAUCAUUCCCAGACGCCUGCAAACAACUAGAAGACGCAGGCGCAGAUGUAGUCGGAUUGAACUGUGGUCGGGGACCAGCGACUAUUACUCCUUUGAUGAAAGAAAUCAAGAAAGUCUGCAAGGUGCCGCUAUGUUGCCUUCCAGUUCCUUACAGAUGUACCCCUGAACAACCCACCAUGCAGACACUGAAAGAUCCCAAAACAGGUAAACAAGCAUUCCCAGUCGAUCUACCAGCUCAUACUUGUGGACGGACAGAAAUUAGAGAAUGGGCAGAAGAAAUGAAAGCUUUAGGAAUCCAGUAUAUAGGAUUAUGCUGUGGAAAUGCCUCCCAUUAUCUCAGAGAGGUGGCUGAAGCUUAUGGUCGAUCUCCACCAGCCAGUCGCUUCUCUACCGACAUGUCCCAGCAUUUUAUUUUUGGAAACCGGAAGGACAAUAAGCCUUAUUAUUCGGAAACUUUGAGAAAAGAAAUAACCACCGCUAACUACAAAUGAAAAGCAGUCAAUAUCAUACUUUGAAAAGGGAACCGGAAUCGGAAAUCGAGUAGCAACCAAUCAGAUUCUGACAAACAAUGUGCUACAUUGUGUAAUCAUUGGCUCAUAUUGAACUAAAGUUAAUUCCUGAUAUCCUUUUUCCAUAUAGCAAAUUAUAUCAAUUUUUGUUAGUUUUGAAUAAACCAUUUAUCCUA